ACACGCCUCGGCGUUCGAUUUCGUAUUUGUGUAUUGCGACAGCGUGUCUCGGGUAGUUUGGGGUGGAAUUCGGGCAGAGGUAUUUCCACGAGAGAAAGCGAGUGCAACGGCGAGCAACUGUCAGAAUACAACUUAUUUAACUGCUCACAGGCUAAAACGUUACCAAGAAGAUUUUUUUCUAAAAUGGACAAGACUAUGCACAUUAUAUCUGUCAAGAGGUUGUUAAGGCCUUCAGUGCUUUGCCUGGCACUGCUUGCGUGUUUGUUAAGCCCAUGUCAAGGGUACACGGACCCCGUGUUACAGAGCAUUGUGCCGAAUCCGGACUCAGUUGGAAACAGCGCCGACUCCAACAGCACGAUUAGCUGGGCGGAUAUAACCCAGGGACAGAAAUAUGCCGGUGGAGAGCCGUACAAUGACGGAGGCUUGGGAACCUUGUUUGACAUGUCGAGGAGUUUCGUCGACACCGCCCUUUCAAGUGGAUUUCCCUACGAUUUAAUAGAGAAAUUCAAAAAUGGAAAAUUAGACAUGGCUGCGGAUGGAAAGCAGUUCGCUCUCGACUAUCUUGGCUACGGAGUAUGCAUAGUGAUAGGUUUUCUCUUCAUCAUCAUCUUCCCCAUCGUGGGCCUGUGUUUUUGCUGCUGUCGUUGUUGUGGAAACUGCGGCGGUAAAAAGUUGCAGAAGUCCGACCCAAGCGCCUCCUGUCGACGGAAAGUGUACGGAUUGCUAUUUCUCAUCAUAACAGUUAUGACUGGUAUCGGCAUGAUCUGUGGCUUUGUGGCAAACGAGCAAAUGUCUGUGGCGCUGGGGAAGAUGGGCACGUCGUCGGUAGAUCAGCUUUCAAACGUGAACAUUCUUCUCAACAACUCCGUCGAACAAGUAAAUCAAGUGGCAAAAACAAAUUUUGAUUUUGUGAAGAGUGUGGUUUUCCGGGAUUUAGACAGUAUUGGUUACCUUGUUGGAAUUCCAAUUCGAGACAGUCUUGGCACAGAUGGUCAAAUCAUUGCAUCUAUGAACAGCGCCGAAGCUCUACAGUCAACUGUUGACAUAGCCAUUCCUCAGAUGACAGAGCUGGACAGCGCAAUAACACGGCUCAAGGACAACAUUACUCAGUUGAGUAACGAACUCAGUACUGCUAAGACUGAUAUAGACAAUGCUAUGAAUUGUGGUGGUAGUUGCCCUUUUGACACAGCAUUACUUGCUACCAACGUCGAUCCAAAUAGUUUGCCAGAUAUUUCAUCUCAGAAAACAACACUUGAUGGUCUAGCUUCAAAAAACAUGUCUGCCUUUGUGGCAAGCGCAAAGAAAGACUUUGAUACGAUCCCAGAGAAAGUGGAAAAUGAAACAGCAACCACAAUUGCAGACUUGAAAAAGAUGUUCAAUGAUUUCUCCAAUCAGACAGACCAGCUGUCCGGAAUGGUGAAUGAUUUCAAGACAAAUGCAUUAGGUUCAGUGAACAUUGAUGAUAUGCAGUCACAAAUCAAAUCUACGUUUACGGUUGUGAAUGGCUACGACCAAUACAGAUGGUAUGCUGGCGUGGGACUUUCAUGUCUCAUCCUGCUCAUUGUUCUGCUCAAUUUGCUGGGACUUGGUUUUGGCAUUUGUGGCGGCAGUGCCAGCAUGAUACCGACUGAGCGAGGCUGUCUGUCAAACUCGGGCGGGAAUAUGCUCAUGGCCGCUGUUGGCUUCAUCUUCAUAUUUUCACCACUUCUCAUGCUGCUUACCACGCUAACGUUCACGGUUGGUGCUCCGCUGGAAAAGUUUCUCUGUCAGCCAAUCAAAGAUCCGGAUCUGGGUAUUGUUAACAAGCUACUUAAUGACUUUGUUGGCAAUUCCAAUGGCUCGUAUUUAGGAAAUAUGCUUUUUCAAGACCCGUCUGUAGACCUGACUCUCGGAGGGAUUAUAAAGGACUGUGGGGACGGGAAAGGUGCAUGGACCGCCUUUAAAUUGGACAAUUUCAAGACGUUCAACCUUACACAGCUAACUGAUUAUAGAAGUACAAUUGACGUGACAGGUCAGUUGGACGCCAUCGACUCAACUGUCGACUUCUCAAGCUUGAGCUUGCUCACCCCUGACCUCAGCACCCAGCUUGACAAAAUCAAGACAGCAACGAAUGGAAUCGACUUUUCUGCUUUUGAAACUGAGCUAAGCAAGAACACGACCUCUACGGACUUGGACGCAUUCAUCACAGUUUUGAAAAAUUACACAGACUCGCUGAGCCCUGGUGCUGAAAAGACGUCCCUGACUGCUACCAUUAAUGACCUGACAACAACUAAAGAUGUCACGCUUGUCAAUACUCAGACGGCUCAGACUGAGGUUUUGAAUGCUGCCAAUGCCCUCAAUACCACUAUUAGCGGUGUUCCAGCUCAAGUUGACAGUGUAAAGUCAUCACUAACAGCGUCUCAGACCUUUCUACAAAACAACGCAUCCGCAAUUCUCAAAACCCAAGUCCAAACAUAUAUCAAUAGAAUAUUGGGAACUGUGGACUCCUUCAUCAACGAUACCUUGGAUGCUCUGUACAAUGACAUUGGAAAAUGCACUCCGAUCUACAACCUCUUUAAUGACCUGCUGGUGAACGGUCUCUGCAGUUAUAUCAUAGAUGCACUGAAUGCUUUCUGGUUCACACUUGGGUGGUGUAUAUUUUUCUUUAUGCCAAGUUUGAUCUUUGGUGUUAAACUGGCCAAGCAUUUCCGCACCAUGAAAUACCUUGACAGCUUUGAAGGUGGCAAACCACCCAUGGACACUAACCAGCCUAUACCUAUGAGCCAGGCAGGUUCAUGGCCUGGGAAAGUUUGAAGAACAUUUCACAGAAAGAUUGGGCAACAAGGUGGGUCAUUCUGAUAAAUGGUGAAGUUACGUCAUCACAUCUACUGCGUUGCCAAGAUGACGACGAAUAUAUUUAGUAUUCACUUUCUACGAUGACGUCGAACAAAAUCGGGGACACAACAGCAGCAGCAACAACAACAACAGCAACACUUCAAACAGACCUAAUAGGAGUUCUGUUCACUUCAAACAGACCUAAUAGGAGUUCUGUUCACUUCAAACAGACCUAAUAGGAGUUCUGUUCACUUCAAACGAUUUUAAGAACAUAAUUGAAGCAGUUUUGUUCAACGUUUAUAUGUCUGUUUGUUAAUUUUACCCUAAGUGCUAAUAGUCUUCUUAUCUUGCUCAAGUGUUUUAAAGGCAGUUGAACUACUGAAAAUAGCGUCGCGCAGAUUACGUGACUUGAAAUAUACACAACGUAUAGUUCUCCUCAGGCAACCCUUUGCAUUGCAGUCAUUUUAAACAGCCAAAGCAGGGCUCUACAUUAAGUGUUGCCCGCUUGCCUGAAACGUACGUUUCAGGUCAAAAUUAUAAUUAUAUAUUUUCAUACACUAUUUUGUUGUGUCAUUUACUAAUUCAACUGCCAUGCGACCACAUCUUAAAUGUGGCUUCUAAUUAGAGUUUUAUGUUGCUGGUAUCUACAUCACAAAAUGAUACUCUGAUGCAGGCUAUUUAGAACAGUUUCUAAAAUAUACUGAGUUAAUGUAACCAAAUGAAACAGAACAUGUAUAGAAUUUCUACCUUUUUCUAGCGUAUCCGUAAUAUACUGACACAUAUAUUCCAAAUUAAUUAUGUUUAAAAAAAAAACUACACAGAAAACCCAAUCCUCUCAUAUAUUUGAGGUCAAUGUGAACAACUAAAACAUUUAUACUGAUAUAUUUGCACAAGACAGAGUCCAAAAUGAAGUUUCAACAAGGUAGGAGUAUUCUGUCAUGAAUUACUGCUAUGCUCUUCCUCCUACCUCUUUGUGUAAACCAUUAUAAUGAUACAACAAAGUAUAUAACUAAGCAGACUUAUUUAUUUUAUGGGUGUACCAAGUGGCUUCAACAUACAACUUGCACAACCUAAGGAACGAUAAAAUAAAUGUAAGACCUUUUAGAUCGACCUUACAAACAAAACAAACUUUUUUUAUUACACACAUUACAUACUACACAAAAAAUGCAACAUAUUCAUUGAACAAACAGAAAAAAAACCCAUUAUAGUUUCUUGGGUCAAACAAAAUACCGAUGAAGUACAUUCCAAGAUUUAUUUUUGAAGAAUGGGACAUUUCCAGGUUUUGUACAUGGAGACGUGGGAGGUGUCCCAACAGUGCUACUUUAUUUUAAAUGUGCUACCUAAAAAUAUAUUUCUUAAAAUAAAAAUAAUAAUCAAAUGUAAUUAUUUGUUAACAUAAUGUGGAUCUUUAAAUAUUUAAUAGUACCUGCAUUUUAAAAUAUAUUUAUUAGUAACUGAAUACUCUACUUACACCAUAUAUUUGAAUUGUUUUCCAACAAACGAAGCAUUUGCUGUUAUUAAGAUUUCACCACACCGCACAUAUUCUAAAACUACCCCAAUGAACACAACGCCUAGUCGCACAUUUACAAAUGUCUGCUACCACUUUGGGCCACGAUGACGUCACUACAGAUACACGCUAGAAUCGGCCAUACGUACCUAAAGUUGACGAGCUGGUGCAUUUAAUAGUGUAGAGACGUGAAGGUACAAUAUCAUGGGCAGGAAUACUCGAAGCUACAUUUUGCUGAGUAUAGCUUAUUCACUUUCUUUUAGUAGUUUUACGAUACCUACCAUCCGCAUAGUAAUGAUUAUAAUUAUUGCAAUUGUUUUUUUCGCAAUUGUUUAGUUGUUGAUUUAAAAUGAUUCGACAUGGGCACUACCACAUUAUGACCCAGAGUUUCUAUUUGUUUCACACGCACGCACACACACACACACACACAUACACGCACGCACGCACGCACACACACACACACACGUGUUUCUAGGUAAAUCUGAAAAAUCACCCCAGUGCCAAUUGUAGACAUACAUAUAUAUUUCAAUAUUAUUGUAAUCAUGGACACGUUUGAGAACUGUAUAUAUAUGGUAUAAAUCUAUAGUUACUAUUGUUGCUCUAAUAGAGGUUUAGACUCGUUGUUCAUCGAACUGAAACAAUAUAAUUAUUAUAACCGGUGAUACAAGAUUUAGUCAAUGGGAAUGUGUGCCAUUCUGGAAAUUAUCAUCUCGGACACAGAUCUAUACGGCAUUCUGGUUCCAGAUAUAAAUAUUUUGUUUCCUUUAUAAAUAUUUAGUUUAUGUAUUUUGUACAGAACUUGAAGUGUUAUUAUAAGUACUUAAAAGUCAAAUAACUGAACUAUUUGCUGCCAAAUAAUGGGCUACAGAAUUGUAUAUUAAGGGUGCAUAAUGUGAUAAUAUUUGUGAUACUUGGCGUUUGUUAUAUACCUUGCAUUUUGUGUGUUGGAUAUAAUAUCCAUUAUGUUUUUAUUAUGUAUGCCACACGACCAUCUAUACAGAUGUAAAUUGAACAUAUAUAUAUAUAUAUAUAUAUAUGUGUGUGUAUAUAUAUAUAUAUACACACACACCACACACACACACACACGUGUAUAUAUAAAUAAAAAUGUCUUAUGCUUAUGUAGGUUCAUUUUAUUUCUCAAAUGUAAAUAUAAUAUUGCUCAUAUACAUUUGUUUUCAAAUACAAUUGUUAUAAUAUGUUCUCGAGUGCGAGUGUAGGUGUGUGGGUGUAGGGGUGUGAGAAAUGCUGUGUCACUAUUGAUUAUGUUAUUGUAUCUACGAACUUAUAUGUAACUUUAGCGCCACGUAGUCUUUGAAUACUAUGGAAUACCGGCGGUGACAUGCUAAUUGCAAUUUCCUAUUUGCUCGUUACUAACUGCUCAGUCUAGGUAGCCUCUAUAUAUUUUAACCAACCAUAGAUCAGUUUUUAUUGUCCCAAUAUUCCAUAAGUAUAUUUCAAAGAUGUUCCGUCUUUGGAUCACAGAUAUAUUUUAUUGCCUGUUCAUAUCAAAAAAAGAAAUAGUUGGUUAUCAGAUUUCCAAUCCUCUUAAUGAAAUCUGAUGUAGUCCAAUGUUACAGCGUUCGCCAGAUGUGCGAGUGGUCAGAAAACCGGUGCACCUUAGUGAACCCAUUGGGAUUUCCCAUUCCAACUAAUGGUAUAUCAAAGGCUAUUGAUGUGCAUAAAUAGAGAUAAUACGUGCUUGUGUGUCGUACUGCUUUGUAGGAAGUGAGUGUCAGAUUCUUGUAUUGCCCGAGCGACAGCGAGGGUCAUGCAUAAAUCCUGCCGCGAGUUUCGUAAAAUCAGUACGAUUCACACGCGAGGGUAAUAAUUUCUUUAUUAUCCACAUUAUCCAUAUACAUGUAUAUGUUUUAAUGAAUAACAAGCUAGGAUUAUGUUAAAUCGUUUCAAACAUAAUUAGGAGACAACGAAAUGACGUCAUUUUGGUAAGCGAUUGCACAGAGCUAAACCUGGGGGAGUAUAUUACGUUAUGACAUCGCUUGCCAAAAUUACGUCAUGCGUUGUGCACGUAAAUGUUUAUGACACACGUGCGUCAUACUGGGUAUAUUUCCCUGUAUAUCUUGAACUAUAUGGAUAAUAAAUGCCUGAUAAUGCCAGCAACUGGGGUGAAGUUGUAUAUUAAUUCGUCUUGUAACGGGGAAAUGGCAAUGCAUACUUUUGUAUUGUAUUGUAUUUGUACUGGACGAUGUUCCAUUCAAUGACCUCUGACUUUUAAUUCAUAUCCCUACAUCGCAGCAAGAUCACAGACUAUUGUAUUUGUAUGGUUACUUUGGUUUCAUUUUGUGGGUUGCUUUAUUGUUUUUUGGGGAUGUUAUUUAUUGUUAUUACAUGUAUAUUAUUAUUAGGUUUUCAAAAAGUUUAAUCUUAAUAUUAGACUUGUCCAUAUACGUACUAGAUGGAGAGGCAAGGGUGGCAGUUGCCCCUCCAGAGAAAAAAAUCCGGAAACAAUUAUAGAAACUUAAAAGAAAAUUCUCUUCUUAACCGUUUAAGGACUAUUAACUACUCAGUUGCCCCCACCCCACCCCAAACAAAAAAUCAUUGCCACGGCCCUGUAUUGUAUUGGAUUGGGUGUCAGUAAGGCGAGAAUGACCGUCAGUAACAUUGUGAACAUCCUGACACCGUGGAUGAGGGUUUUGGUUGCAGUCACCAUUUUCUGUUAGUGUUUGGUGUGAUCCCUUAUUUCUUUCCACCAAUAUAUGAAGCAUAAACUAAUAAAAGUUACGGAAACCAAUAACAGUCAGUGGCGGAUCUAGAAAAUAAUAAUAGGGGUGGCUGGAUUGGGAUGGAGUGAAACGGCGGGGGCUGAGCCAUGGUGAAGGUUCCGGGGACAAAGUCCCCUGAAGUUUCGGCAUUGUGGACAUUUUAGAGCCUUAUUUCACCGAUAUCCGAGGAUCUAAUUCCUAAUUAAUAAUAACAUAAAGUUGAUAAAUUUGUUGCCGUUUUCCUGAUUUUGUCCUUAUCGAUGUAAGCCAUACUCGGUUCAAAUGUACACCUGGUUAACAGGGCGAUGCAUAUUAUUUUCGCUAUCGGAAUGGCUUUAUUUGCAUCUUCCUGAACAAAACUUUGAAGUAACGGUAUAUGAUUGGAAUGAACAUGAAAUUUUUUUUGUUGAAGAUUAAUUAUGUAAUUAAACUUUAAGUUCAUUUAUACAUUCAACAUUGUGUAUAUAACGUAUUUUGUUUGAAAUAAAUAUAAUUUUUGGUCAGAUCUGGUAUCGUGGUUUUUUUUUGAAAAUUGUGUAUCGGUUUGAAUAUAAUUAUAAAAUAUU